CAUUUCCCAGCGCUCAAACACUUUCUUUUCGUCGCGUUCCGCCGACACAUUUCCAAAUAGUAGAAAAAAAAUUUAUGAGUAAACAUGUUAAAAUUGAGAUCGCAUGCCAGUUUGUAAACAAUCGUAAAAUAUCAAGCAGUCAAAAACUAAUAAGAUAUAAAAUAAAUCAAAGACGAAUUUUGGCACAGUAUGAGCCAAAGUUUUAAAAGUUUAAUGCAAGGCAGAGAUGGGGAAGGAGAUGGAGCUUCCUAUUCGGAGCGACAGUCGUCGGAGGAUGUGCCGGACUCCACAACGACAACAACGGCAACUACAACAGCCGGCGACGCUGGCGGCGGACCAAGGGAUGGCGGCGAGGAUGAUUUUACCGAUGACAACAAUUUUGAAUCAAAUUUGCGACGUCGCAAAGGCAAAAUAAUAUCCUGUGCCAAGGAGACCAUCGAGAAUGGUGAGUGCCAAAGACAGAACGAAAAAAACAGUCAGCAUUAAGGUUAGGUAAAUAUAUAUAUGUAUAUAUAUAUAGACGUGUCUAUGCCACACAGCCUUUUCUAUUUGUAUACGAUUGGCAAAUCCUAAAAGAUGAAUAUUUGAGUUAACCUCCCCAAAGUGGAGGCAUGUGAAAAACAAACUUUUAACCUUUUUAUUUGUCAUAGGUAGGCAAAUGGAACUUAAGAAGAGGUUAAA